ACUUAGUCGAAUCACGGUUUAACCAAAAAAAAAAAAGGCACAAUUCCCCAGUUGAUUUUUCCCUCCUUAGCCAUUCAUCUUGUUUACAGUCUUCCUUUCCGCCAUUUUCUCCUGCACUUCCUAAUGCUCAAAAUUCACAUUCAAUGAACUGAAAAAAUGUAUGUAAAGUUUCAGUGUAUUGACAGCAGCAAUUGUUUCCACAUACUAAACUCAACUAAACCCACUACUCCCAGCAUUGGAAUUUCAGUUUCACACACCAAGAAAUACAAGGACAACAACAAAUUCCAUGACCAAGAUGCUAGAAUUGAGAAAAGCAAGAAUCUUGGGGUUAAAUUUAGGCCUGGUUUUGGUUAUGAUAAUGAUGUGAAGGACAAGUUGGAUUGUCAAAUUGGCGAAAACUCCCGUACCCGUGUUUGGAAAAAUGGUGUUUUGAAGACCCAAAAUGGGUUCUUGAGAAAAUCAGUUGGUGAAACUGAGAAAGAGGGGAAAAUUGACGGGAAAUUGGGUGUGCACACCAACUGUUCGAAGAAAUGGCGCAAUGACAAGGAGACCCAAACUGGUUUCUCGAGAAAACUAGCUCAUAAAAAUGAGAUUGAGGGUAAAAUUGGUGGUGUGCAGAUUAAGAGUUCGGCAAAAUGGUGCAAUGACUUGAAGGACACCCAAAAUGGAUUUUUUAGGAAACCAGUUGAUAGAACUGGGAGUAAGAAAAAAGCUGGUGGUCAAUUGAGCUCGGGGAAUGUGGAGGAGAAAGUUGAGACUAAUGAUAGAAUUGAGAAUAAGAAAAGAGUUGGUGGUCAGUUGAGCUUGGGAAAUGUGAUGGAGAAAGUAGAGACUAAGUGUUCAAAAAAAUGGGCAAGAUAUGGAGGAUGCAUUCCUGUUAUGCUGGAAGCUUUGGAGACGGUUAGUAAUUUGGAUGAGGCAUUAAAGCCAUGGGAAAAGAGUUUGACUAAAAAAGAAAGGACUAUUAUAUUGAAGGAGCAGGUGGAGUGGCAACGAGCAAUGGAGAUUUUUGAGUGGUUUAAGAGAAGAGGAUGCCAUGAAUUGAAUGUUAUACAUUAUAAUAUUAUGCUUAGGAUUCUCGGAAAAUCACGGAGGUGGGGUGCGAUUGAGAGGUUGUGGGACGAAAUGAGGGAAAGGAGAGUUGAGCCUAUAAAUUCAACGUACGGGACUCUGAUUGAUGUCUACAGCAAGGGUGGGCGUAGGGAGCAGGCAAUGGAAUGGUUGAAAUUGAUGAAUGAUCGAGGUAUGGUGCCGGAUGAGGUGACAAUGGGAAUUGUUGUUCAGAUGUAUAAAAUGGCGGGGGAGUUUAAGAAAGCAGAAGAGUUUUUGAAAAAGUGGUCUUUAUGCAAAUGUCAAGUGGAGGAAUGUGUAAAUGGUGCACCAAGAAGUGGUAUUAGGGUCAAUGGUUCUUCUGGUUCAAGUGUUUGUUUGAGCUCACAAACCUAUAACAAUUUAAUUGACACUUAUGGGAAAGCAGGGCAAGUGAAAGAAGCAUAUGAGACUUUUCACCAGAUGCUGAGGGAAGGGAUCCCGCCUACAACAGUUACUUUCAAUACAAUGAUUCACAUGUGUGGUAAUAAUGGCCGAAUGGAAGAAGUUGCGUCCUUGAUGAGGAAGAUGGAGGGGCUUCAGUGUCAUCCUGAUACAAGAACAUACAAUAUUCUUAUUUCCCUUCAUGCCAAGCAUGACAACAUAAAAAUGGCUGCCACCUACUUUAAACUUAUGAAAAAUGCUUCGCUAGAGCCAGAUACAGUGACCUAUCGCACUCUUUUGUAUGCAUUUUCUAUAAGAAAUAUGGUCAAUGAAGCAGAGAAGCUCAUUUUGGAGAUGGAUAAGAAAAAUCUACAUAUUGAUGAAUUCACUCAGUCAUCUUUGACUAGGAUGUAUCUUGAAGCGGGGAUGGUAGAAAGGUCCUGGUCCUGGUUCCAGAGGUUUCAUCUCGCAGGACAAAUGUCUUCCGAAUGCUAUUCUGCCAACAUUGAUGCCUUCGGCGAACGUGGCCAUAUUUUGGAAGCUGAGAGAGCUUUUAAUUGCUGCAUGGAGGGAAAAAGACUUACUGUUCUUGAGUUCAAUGUAAUGAUCAAAGCAUAUGGAAUUAGCAAGAAAUACAACGAGGCGUGCUACUUGUUUGAUAGCAUGGAGAAACAUGGCUUAUCUCCUGAUAGAUGCAGUUAUAAUUCACUCAUCCAAAUGUUAGCUGGUGCAGAUCUGCCACUUAAAGCAGCAUCUUAUGCGAGGAAAAUGCAGGAGGCGGGAUUAGUUGAUGAUUGUAUCCCUUAUUGUGCUGUGAUAUCUAGUUUUGUUAAAGUAGGUCAGCUGGAAAUGGCAGUAAGACUAUUCGAUGAAAUGAUCACAGUUGACGUCAAGCCUGAUGUUGUUGUUUAUGGUGUACUGAUAAAUGCCUUUGCUGACAUAGGAAGUGUUAAAGACGCUACAAAAUACCUGGUUGAAAUGAAAAAAUCUGGUUUAGAGGCAAACGCUGUUAUAUACACUUCCUUAAUUAAGUUAUACACCAAGGUUGGGUAUUUGAGAGAAGCACAAGAAACGUAUAAAAUGCUUCAGUCUUUCGAGGCAGGGGCUGAUGUAUAUUCUUCAAAUUGCAUGAUUGACUUGUUCAGCGAGCGCUCUAUGGUUAGACAAGCAGAAGAGAUUUUUGAGCACCUGAAGCAAAAGGGAAAUGCAAAUGAAUUUUCUUAUGCAAUGAUGUUGUGUAUGUACAAGAGAAAUGGAAUGUUUAAGGAAGCCAUUCAAAAUGUCCGGAAAAUGAGAGAACUGGGACUUAUGACUGACUUGUUGAGUUACAACAAUGUGCUUGGAUUGUAUGCAACUGAUGGGAGGUUUAAAGAAGCUUUGGCGACUUACAAAGAAAUGCUUUCUUCUGCCAUCCAACCUGAUGAUUCAACGUUCAAGUCACUUGGAAUUGUUCUUCUUAAAUGCGGUGUUCCAAAGGAGGCUGUCAGUAAGCUGGAAUCUACGAGGAAAAAGGAUCCUCAGAUUGGCAUGCAAAAGUGGGCUUCUGCCCUAUCUUCCGUUAUCAAUGUGCUUGAUACUGACUGUCCUGAUAGAGAAGAUGCCUAGCUCUUUUUAAAAUCUUUAUUGUUUUAAGUUAGGAGAUGAUCUUAUUUACCAUUCUAAAAAAAACAGAUAGGAGAUUGCACCAUGGGGUUGGGUCUACAGAGAUUAAACUUUACACCAUCACUCUCAUGUAUUUUUCAAAAUUUGUAGUUGUAAAUAGAAAUGUAUUCAACCUUUGCCAGAUCUAGGCAUCAUUUAUUAAGUA